GACAACGAAGCAACGUCCACUAGUUUUCAAAGGAUCCAACUUCCGAGAUCGGUUAGGACUUGGGAGAAAAAAAUGGAUUAUCUUGGGAUUGAUCUGAGCUGCGCGACUGGAUCUCUCCGUAACGGCGAGUUUCCGGCGAAAGAUUGUCUUCUUCCUCUCAUCACAAAGCUGCUCGGUUACUUCCUCGUCGCUGCUUCAAUGACCGUCAAGCUUCCUCAGAUAAUGAAAAUCGUGGACAAUAAGAGUGUGAGAGGCUUGAGUAUUGCGGCAUUUGAGCUAGAAGUGGUGGGUUACACGAUUUCUCUCGCGUAUUGUUUACACAAAGAGCUUCCUUUCUCAGCUUUUGGUGAAAUUGCUUUUCUUUUGAUCCAAGGUUUGAUCUUGGUGGCUUGUAUCUACUAUUUCUCUCAGCCUCUCUCUGUGACGACUUGGGUCAGAGCGAUCCUCUACUUUGCUUUAGCACCAACUGUGUUUGCUGGUCAGAUUGAUCCUUUGGUUUUUGAAGCUCUUUAUGCUUCAAAGCAUUUGAUAUUUCUCUCUGCGAGGAUCCCUCAGAUUUGGAAGAAUUUCAGGAACAAGAGCACUGGGCAGCUUAGUUUCUUAACUUGUUUGAUGAACUUGGGUGGAUCAAUGGCGAGAGUUUUCACCAGCAUUCAGGUGAAUGCUCCGUUUACUAUGCUUCUUGGUAUUCUUCUUGCAGUCUUCACCAAUGGAAUCAUCAUGAGCCAGAUUCUCUUGUAUCGUACGAAAGAAAAAGAAGAAACGCUUGUGAAAGAUAAAAAGAUAUCAUGAUAGUCAUUUUCUGAACUUUGUAAUAGGGGAUUACAAAUAUAUAUAUUACAAUUCCA